CUCCGUUCCAAAAGUCCAAACACGCACAAAGAAAACCACGCGAACAUUCACAGAAGCUGAGGAGGAGGAGCUCUGUGAAUUGCAAUGGCGUCUAUUUUGUAGAUCUCGAAACCCUAUCUUUUUUCUCUGCGUUUUAAAGAUUCUUGAUAUUCUUCUCAAGAUUCUUCUUCGUUUCUCUCAAGAACGAGCUAGCCACUGAAUUUUUGGUUCUCUUUAAACCAGUUCUCGCUGGUUUCUGUGCUGAUUUGGCCGGCAUUUUGCGUUCUGGUUUGUUACGGAUCGAGUCUCCGGUGGUUCUGUGGUCUCGGAGGAGUCAUCUAGGGUUUGUGAUUUUGGUUUAGUAGAUAAGGAAGAUGGAGGAGUCUAUUUAGUGAAGGAAGAGAGGUGAGAAAGUGAAAUGGAAGAUAGAGGAGAAUCGUUCGUCGCUGUUCGGAGAAUUUCUCACAGUCUCGAGCGAGGCAACGCCUGCCAUUCAACCUCUGCUGAGGUUGUGGCAGGAUCAGCAGCCUGGUUGGGCCGAGGCCUUUCUUGUGUUUGCGCACAGAGAAGAGAGAGUGAUGACCGUCCUUCAUUUGAUUUAACCCUUGCCCAGGAAGAAUGCUUGCAGAGGCUCCAGAACCGUAUAGAUAUUGCAUAUGAUAGUUCAAUUGCUGAGCACCGGGAUGCUUUGAGGGCUUUAUGGAGUGCUGCAUUUCCUGAAGAUGAACUUUGUGGUUUAAUAUCUGAACAGUGGAAGGAAAUGGGUUGGCAGGGGAAAGAUCCAUCAACAGAUUUUAGGGGAGGUGGUUUUAUAUCAUUGGAGAACUUAUUGUUUUUUGCUAGGAAUUUUCCGAAAUCUUUCCAGGAUCUCCUUCAAAAGAGAGAAGGGGAUAGAUCUGCAUGGGAGUACCCCUUUGCUGUUGCUGGCGUUAACAUCACAUUCAUGCUCAUUCAAAUGCUUGAUCUUGAAGCAGUUAAACCCCGCGCAAUUGUUGGAGCAACUUUCUUGAAGUUUCUUGCAGAAAAUGAGUCAGCAUUUGACCUUCUGUACUGCAUAACAUUCAAGCUCAUGGAUCAGCAGUGGCUUUCUAUGCGAGCAUCUUACAUGGAUUUCAAUACAGUGAUGAAGGCCACACGACGUCAACUGGAAAGGGAACUUCUAAUAGAAGAUAUAAUCCGGUUGGAAGAGUUACCCUCAUAUGGCCUUCUUUCUCGAUAGUGUUGCAGCUCUGAAGAGUUAUAGGUGGCUUGUAAUGGAUGGAAGAAUGCUGUAAAUUGGGGACAUCUAUUUUGCUUGCCAUCUCCUUGUUUGCCAUCUCCUUGUUUGCAGCUAGAUCAUGUACAUGUGAAAGCUUAUUUUAAAGGCCGUUUGCCAGCCUUCCAUCUGAUUGUUUAGGAGAAAAAGAUUUCUGAUCGAUAUCGGCAUUCUGUCCAAAUAUGAACAGGCAGAGAAUUGUUGAGGAGUCUGUAAUGUUGAGGAGAAUAGCAGUAACUGAUUCCU